CGGUAUGGCGCUGGAGACCGUCCCCAAGGACCUGCGGCACCUCCGCGCCUGCCUGCUGUGCUCCCUCGUCAAGACCAUCGACCAGUUCGAGUACGACGGCUGCGACAACUGCGAUGCGUACCUGCAGAUGAAGGGCAACCGGGAGAUGGUCUAUGACUGUACCAGCUCCUCCUUCGACGGGAUCAUCGCGAUGAUGAGCCCUGAGGACAGCUGGGUCUCCAAGUGGCAGCGGAUCAGUAACUUCAAGCCGGGUGUGUACGCAGUGUCAGUGACCGGCCGGCUGCCUCAAGGGAUCGUCAGAGAGCUGAAGAGCCGUGGUGUGGCUUACAAGUCCCGAGACACAGCUAUAAAAACCUAAAGUGCUCUUGUGCUGCCUGGAGGAUUCCCCAGAUAUGUUUGGAGUGGCACCAGGCAUGUGGGGCACUGCUCCAAAACCUUUUAGCUUUAGCAUGUGGGAAGGAGAGCCUGACGUGGAGGGAGCUUCCUGGCUCAGCUUCUCUCAGUACUUCUGGCCUCUGUUGUACCACUGUGGGCCUACACAGACUGUAGAUAUUUUCUUUGACCCUUGUCGAGGGGGAUGGCAUGAAUGGGUCUGGGGAAGCAGUGCUUAAUGGUGAUGCACUAGAUUUUUUACUGGUGGCAUGGAAAAGAGAAGGGCUGGGAUAUAGUUGUGUUUAUACUUCAAUAAAAUGCACUGUCUGCUCAGA